AUGCAGCACCCCGUCGUCGGCGCCGGCAGCGAGAUCGAGUGGAGCUCGCCCGACGGACCGCAGCGCGGGUACCUCGUCUUCCCGGAGGCGCACGUCGGGCGCAUCAUGACGGGCGUGGUCAUUGCCGCGGACGCACCGGGCUUUGCCAGCCACCAUGUCCGGACCUUUGCCGACAAGCUCGCGGAGCAGGGCUACAAAGUGCUCGUGCCCGAGGCGCCCUACGCGCCGCUCUCGGCAGUCGACGAAGUCAGCCGCACGCCGCAGUUUGUCCAGUGGCAACGCGAAGCGGCGGCCAAGCAAGACGACGUCCUCGCCCGGCUCCGCGCGGCCCGCGACGUGCUCAAGAACUUUCACGAGGUCACGCGCGUCGGCGUGCUUGGCCUCGGCGUCGGCUCGGAGGCUGCUCUCGCGCUGGCCUCGGAGAGCCCCGCGUCGUUCGACGCGGCCGUCGUCCUCUGCCCGACAACGCUGGCGCCGGUGCCGCUGUCGACGCCGACGCUCCUCGUGACGGGCGACCGCUACGAGUACAUCGACAUGAAGCAGAUCCGCGAGUAUGUGGCCGUCGCCAACGUGGACAGCCAUCUUCGCGUCAAGGCCUUGGCGGGCGGCCAGCGACACGGAUUUUGCUUUAGCCACAUCAUGGACGAAGACGCUGGAACGCUCGCGAUCGCCGAGGUGCUCGACUGGCUCAUCUUUUACUUGCACCGGUUCCGCCUCGCGGCCGGGACCAGCGACGGCGACCCGUGGUGGCCCCAAGGACGUAACGGACCCUUCUACAACGUCGGUCUCGCAAACUGGCAAGCGAAUCGCGCGCAGUGGACGACGCCGGUCCGGCCGCGGCCACCGCGCCGACCGCCCGUCGACAGCAGCUUGAUCCUCGAAGGCCUGGCGUCCAUGCGCCGGACGUUCGAGUUGCCGCAGCCCAUGAACUUGAGUGACGUCAUCGCGCUGUACGUCGACAUUUGGGACGUCAACCAGUAG